AAAUAGUAUACAAGCAGAUUUAUGCACGCACCAUGUCAACCAAGUACAAAAGGUUAUCUUAAGUGACAACAAUUUUCAUAUUUUCCCAACCUGAAAUCAAAUGGUGACAAAGUACAUACACUAAAUAUUCAAAUGGCUAUAUUGCCACCUUACCACCCCUGAAAUCAAAUGGUAUUUAUAAUGUUCAAUAUUUAUAAUGGGUUUGGCUUUGGUAUGGAUGGGUACCUGCUGUCCCUCAAACCAUGACAGGUGCCACCUUGAACAUUAUAAAUACCCAUCCAUACCAAAGCCAAACCCAUUCACAUUCCCCCUCAUCCUCUCACUUCAGAAGAGCUGUCCAGCAAUGAAAAUGAGCGUGGGAGGCCAGCCAAAGGGUCACUUAUGGCUGGUCUUAGCUGUGGUGAUUGCCAUGUUUGCAAUGCACGGUGAGGCAGCCAGAAGCUUGUCACCACCUUCUCUUUCAUUAUCACCAGCAUAUGCUCCUGUUAUUAAGGUGGUAGGGAAGGUGUACUGCUAUAGAUGUUUCAACGAGGCACAUCCAGAAGAAUCUCAUGGGAAGGAGCACCUGCAAGGAGCCAUGAUCAAGGUCACUUGCCAGGCCAAUGACCAGGCACUAGUGCGAUUUGGCUACACCGAAAGCAAUGGAAAAUACAGCGUGGGCAUCACAGAUUUGCCACUUAGCAGCGCCUAUGGGGCUGACUCGUGUAAGGUUGAACUCCAUGCAGCACCAGGAGGAUCUGACUGCAAUGUGCCAAUGGAGUUAAAUUUGUCUGGAGUAAACGUUUACUCAAAGUCCAACAAGGAGGUGGUUUUCCAAGCCAACCAAGUAAUGGCGUUUGGAUCAAAGAAGACAUUUGCUGGAUGUUCAAAACCUCACGUUCUUCCACCGGUCCAUCCGUAUAAUUCAUCACCACUUCCAUACCAGUAUCCCUCACCUCCAUCCAGCUACAAGUUCCCACCGUUGCCGUACCAGUAUUCACCACCUCCAUCACAUCAGUACACAUCACCUCCAAUGAACUUCUACUCUUCGCCACCACCCCACCAACUGUCCACACCGCCAAACAACUAUCAAGCUCCACCAACAUCUAGCAAUUAUCCGUCGCCUCCACAGGGCUACAAGUAUCCAACACCAACCCACAAGUAUUUACCACCACCAUACUACUACAACUCUCCACCACCGCAACACCAAUAUUCGUCACCUCCAAACAACCAUGUAGCUCCAUUAGUGCCUUACCAGAAAUCCCCACCCCCGACCUACAACUACAAGUCGCCUCUUCUACCACCGUCACCAGCGCCUGUUUACCACUAUAACGCUCCACCACCUUACCACUAUUCACCACCUCCACUUAACUAUGGAUCUUCACCCCCACCUUACCAAUAUUCUCCGCUAUUACCUCCAAGACAUCUACAACCAAAUCUUCCUAAUGCGAAGUCGCCACCAGCAUCAACAUCUCCACAGCCACUCCGGAACUCCUACCAAUCCCCACCACCACCGAACAAGCUGUCUUAAUUAAGCAUCAAGAAGGAAUGAUCAGACAUGGGCAGAACAACGGAAGAGUAGAAGUCUAUCUCAAGAGGAAGAAGUGCCGUAGCUGGAGUUUCAGCUGUGGAUUUCAGUCUCUAGAAUUAUUUACCACUUAUUGUAUGUUCAUCUUUCAUGGUAUUACCUAGAGCUAUUUCAGCAAUGUAAUCCUAAGUCGUGUGUUCUUUGAUAGUAUCCAUGUUAUGUAUUCAAUCCAAUAUAUCAUAUACGAUAUUUCUCUGUUGCAAAACCAGAUUUUUUUUCUA